AUUGUCGUAGUUUUUGCUGCUCAUGGUUGUAAAUCUCAGCACUGGUCACAUGGUUGGCUGCCUGGAGGUAAAAGGAAUGCAGUAAGUAUGGAUGCUUAUGUUGAGAUGAUCAAUGACGAAGGUGUUGUAGAUGAAAUUGAGAUACCAAGAUUUCAAUAUUUGUAUGGGAACAGGAACAGUCCUCUGGCUGUUAUGCCAGAAAUCAAUGAGAACAAUCUUCAACAAAAGCUCCAAUCAAACUUUCAGAAAAAUAUCGAGUGACUACAUAUUUCAGAUUAUUACAUAUUUAUUUUCAAAAAUGUUCCUUGAUUGGAAGAUUUUAAUGUUAACAUUUAAUAUAGAUGUGUUGUUACCUAGAGACGACUACAUGGAAGUAGCUAUGUUUGGAUCAUUAAUUAAUA